AUGGCCUCGGGCUACUCAGCGGCCAACCAGCCGCCGGGCACGUCGCCCCCAUCGUCCUCGCCAUCACCACCACCGCAACCCUCAUCCUCAUCCUCAUCCUCAUCGCCCUCGCCGUCACCCAGCUCCUCCUCCGCCAGGGCUUCCCCCGAGCCCGUCCGCUGGUCGCGCCGCAGCUUCUCGCCGUCCGGCCGCCUCUCCGGCGCCAUGCGGCGCGCCCGGUCCUCAAGCGCACCCCGAACGCUCCUCCAGCGCGCCUGGAGAAGAUAUCUCGACUGGAGCCGGUGGCUCGUCCAGUACUACCUCCGCCUGUCGCCGCUGCACCGCGUCCUCGCCGUCCUCGGCUGCCUCCUCGGCUGGGCCCUCAUCGUCCUCACCGUCGUCUACUCGCACCGCUUCUUCAGCUGGCUGACGCCCGUUGCCAAGUCGUGGCGCGAGCUCCCCGGCGGCUGGCUCAUCGUCUUCGCCCUCAUUUUCGUGACCGCCUUCCCCCCCGUCAUCGGGUACUCGACCGCCAACACCAUUGCCGGCCUCGUGUACGGCUUCCCCCACGGGUGGCCCGUCGCCGCCGUGGCCUGCACGCUCGGCAGCCUCGGCGCGUUCCUCGCCAGCCGCACCGUCCUGAGCAGAUACGUCGACCGCAUGGUCGGCAAGGACCACCGCUUCAUUGCCCUCGGCCAGGUCCUGCGCCGCGACGGCAUCCUGUACCUGACCGCUAUCCGCUUCUGCCCGUUGCCCUUUAGCCUGAGCAACGGCUUCCUGGCCACGAUCCCAAGCAUAACACCGCUGUCGUUUACAAUCUCCACGGCUCUGUCCACGCAAGUUUUCUCCGCUCCCUCUUUCCCCUCUCUCACCCGUUCUGUAGUCUUCGUCACCCCAAACUAA